UUGCGAUGCCUUUGUACAUAGUUAGAAGAAGAGUCUGUUUGCGUCUUGCGCAUUAUUCUGCUCAUCGCUUUUGCAGCAACGUAAUUGAUCGGGUUGCAAACUUUUGAUAUUCUCCAAUUGAGUUUAUCUCACUCGUCUUUAUUGCCUAAUGAAAACACGAUAAUGUACCGGCCCGGUCAACAUCCGCGCGGUCCGCCAUCUUUCGGUGUUCGGCCAUCUCAUGGUCCUCUGUUUAACGUCGCUGGAGCUCCUUGUCUGCCUCCAUCUGGACAUUUGCCUCCCCGACCGUCCGGGCCUUUUUCGUCUUCGGGGUCGCCGGAAGACCAAUUUCUAUCCAGACCUCCAAGACCCAAUUUUAUGAAUCCCCACUGUAGCUCGUUCUCCAUAGACCGUAGUAGAGUGAUUACUCCGGGAGGCAACCAGCAGCUUGCCUCUCCGGCACCACCAUCGCACCUUCCGGUCUCCAAAUGGAAUCCCACACCUGUCAAACAUCAUACACGAGAGAACAGCGACAGUGCUGGAGAAGAGUUCCUGAGAUGUAUAGCUGCAAACAAACCUUUCCCAGACUAUCUCAGAGGGAACAUGGCAUUAAACCUGGCGGAUGCAUUAAAGUCAGCCAAGAUCCUGAAGGAGGCUGUCAAAUCAGACCAUGUUUUCCAGAAGCAUUUGACCAGGAGCAAAAGCCAGAGCAGGAGUCCUGGCCGUGGAAGAUCUCGAGGCAAAAGCCGCGUGCGAAGCCGAAGCAGAGGAAGAGGCAUAAGUCAAGUUCGUGGAAAAAGUCGUGCAAGAAACAAAAGCAGGGCUCGCAGUCGAAGCAAAAGCAGGAAAAGUCGUGCGCGGAGCAAAAGCAGGCAAAGGCGGUCAUCGUCACGAAGUAGCAGCCCCAGCCACAUCGACGACUACAACAAUGCUAGUUGUAGUACUGAUCUCAGGGGCAGUAGUUUGUUAGAGGGACUUAAGAUGGUCAUGAGAAAAAAGGAAAUGGGAGACCAGCUGCCUUCUCUCAAAGAUGCAAUCCUAACUAUUGAGGCCUCAAAUAAAAGCAACAAAUUGCAGUGUCUCUACAACAAGCAGCAACAUGACACACUGGCGACUUCAACAUCACUGGAAAAUGACAGCAUGCUCCUGCCUCAUGACAGAGUUGGCAGCGACUUCUCUUGGCUUCAGCCCCAAAGUCAGACAGCUCGAAAAGCUGAUCAGUGUGACGAUGAAGAGUUGUUCUUGUACGGGGAUGAAAAGGCCACAAAGGAAAAAGUGGACUACGGAACAUCUACAACAUGCAUGACUGGAGAGUUGGUCCAACCAAAGUGUGACGAAAUAAUGACCUGUGAGAUGGGCAGUCUAGAGCCUAACUGUGAUAAGUCAAAUUUCCGUAUUUUGAAUGGCCUCUCAUCUUCAAGCCAAGUCUUUGCAAAUCUGGACAACAAUGAGUGUGAGAAAAUCAAAAACAUAUUGAACAGUUUGGGGAAAAAAGACAGUAGUGUGAUGGAGAAACAGGUAUCUUCUGAGCCACUCAGUUGUUUGACAACAGCUUCCUUGGGAUUGAUUUCAUCUCACAGCCCUAAUGUGCAGCAAGCUUUGGAGUCCCUACGGUCACUCAUCAAAGCAACCAAGGAGAAGCGGGAAACAGGUGAUCCAGUCGGGACAUCUCUAUCAUCGUAUAAUAAACACAAGCUGGGUGAUGACAGUGAAAGGAACAAUGCCAAACAAACAAAAAUAACAAAAACUGAAAUGUUGAUGAAAGAAGUGGGGGAAUUGCUCAAAGAGGAUGGAUUCAGUUUUCUCAUACCAGUGAUCGGGUUUUACUGCCAGAUAUGUGAGGAGUUCAUUGGAGAUUUAAGAACUGCUGAAACCCAUGCUGCCAACCACUGCCAUAAUAAGAUUGACUGUAAAACUUUGGUGAAUAAACAUACAGAAGAGACUAAAGGACACACGAGAUAUAGCAGCAGCAGCAGCAAACACCAUCCCACAUUGUCAGACCGACAAGACCACAGGGGCCACAGUUACACAGACAGAGGCGACGACAAAUACGAAAAUCAUUAUAAUAGGAGGCAUGACGGGGAUCACAGAAUCAAACAGGAGGAGGAUGAUCGUGGUCACAGGCCUGGGCAGGAAAGUAAUUUGUUCGAGAUGAAGAAGGAGAAGAUGCUCAUCACUGUUUCGGGUUGUCUUGCAUCUACAAAUGUUAAGGAGGAGUUGAACAAGGAUCAUGACAUUGAAAGUCAUGCCAAAGUGAAGGAGGAAGCAGCAUACAAUGGAAAGUCUAAGGAUGUUAGCGAAAAAGAUGCAAAUGGGAAAAAUGAAAGUAGCCACGACAGCAGCAAUGACCAUAAAAAGGGAUCGAAAGUAAAGUCACACAAAAAGAAAAAGAAAAAGGAGAAGAAAAGGGACAAGAAGGACAAGAAGAAGAAAAAGGAUGAUUUGUCUUAAGUGUUACAUUGUGCUAGCUUGCUCGUUCUAAAGUUCAGACCUCAACAAAUGUCACAUUGCAACAUCACCAUGAGACUAGUGGAAUGUUUUGAUUUGUCUGAAGCACAGGUGUCAAACAGAAAAUCCGGCGGCCAGAUAUGGCCCGUUGGAUCAUUUUUUGCGGCCUGCUAAACAAGCCAUAAUUCACGAUAAAUUCUGUACCAAAAUUUUAAUUUCUUCAAAAUCUUCAUGUUUAAAAAUAUUGAGCUAUUGCAAGCUUUUUUUGGUCCUUUUUGAAAUACUGUACAUUAAAUAAUAGUUGAACAAACA